AUGGCAGAAGCCGAGGAUAUUCAGCCUCUUGUUUGUGAUAAUGGAACUGGAAUGGUUAAGGCUGGAUUUGCUGGAGAUGAUGCUCCUAGGGCUGUCUUCCCCAGCAUAGUGGGCCGCCCUCGUCACACAGGUGUGAUGGUUGGCAUGGGCCAAAAAGAUGCCUAUGUGGGUGAUGAGGCCCAAUCCAAGAGAGGUAUCUUGACUCUAAAGUACCCAAUUGAGCACGGAAUAGUGAGCAACUGGGAUGACAUGGAGAAGAUUUGGCAUCACACUUUCUACAACGAGCUUCGUGUUGCCCCUGAGGAGCACCCGGUCCUUUUGACCGAAGCUCCUCUUAACCCAAAGGCCAAUCGUGAAAAAAUGACUCAAAUCAUGUUUGAGACAUUUAACUCUCCGGCUAUGUAUGUCGCCAUCCAGGCUGUUCUCUCUCUUUAUGCCAGCGGCCGUACAACUGGUAUUGUACUUGACUCGGGUGAUGGGGUCAGCCACACGGUCCCAAUCUACGAAGGAUACGCCCUACCACACGCAAUCCUUCGUCUCGACCUUGCUGGCCGUGACCUCACAGACCAUCUGAUGAAGAUACUCACUGAGAGAGGCUACUCCUUCACCACCACAGCCGAGCGCGAAAUCGUGAGGGACAUUAAAGAAAAACUCGCCUACAUUGCCCUCGAUUACGAACAAGAGCUGGAAACGGCAAAAACGAGCUCGGCUGUCGAAAAGAAUUAUGAAUUGCCAGAUGGACAGGUCAUCACUAUCGGCGCUGAACGAUUCAGGUGCCCGGAGGUCCUUUUCCAGCCAUCCAUGAUCGGGAUGGAAGCUGCUGGCAUUCACGAGACUACAUAUAACUCGAUUAUGAAAUGUGACGUGGAUAUUAGGAAGGAUUUGUACGGGAAUAUUGUGCUGAGUGGUGGGACCACCAUGUUCCCAGGCAUUGCUGACCGAAUGAGCAAAGAGAUCACGGCCCUUGCUCCGAGCAGCAUGAAGAUUAAGGUGGUGGCCCCGCCUGAGAGGAAGUACAGUGUCUGGAUUGGAGGGUCGAUUUUGGCUUCCCUUAGCACUUUCCAGCAGAUGUGGAUAGCCAAAGCAGAGUACGAUGAAUCUGGGCCCUCAAUUGUUCACAGAAAAUGCUUCUAA